GACGGACUAAACGGAAUGGCUUUCCACCGAGGAGACUCUGUGCGCUGUGCCGUGGCUGUGCUGAGUGACUAAGUGGAGCCCUACGAGCCAUGGAGGAGAUGGACAGCAAACCCUACCAGCCGUUGUCUAAGGGGCGCCAUGAAAUGGAGAUGUCCUACACCAGCUCGUCCGACGAGAGCGAGGACGGCCGCGCUCACCACCGCUCCUACACCUCGCGCGAAACCCUACCCGACUACACGCACGAGCUGCGCCUCACCCUGGGCUCCCACCGGGAGAGGCAGAACAACUACAGCCAGCCCCAGCCAGAUUUAGACUUCUGUAAGGCCGGCCAGAUGAGGAGCCCCGACUACCACAUCAACCCGCAGCAGCAGCAGCAGCAGCAGCAGCAGCAGCAGCAGCGCCAGGAGGAGGAGGAGGAGGCGCUGUGCUCCGUGCCGGCCGCUCACGUCCGCGGCUACUCCCUCGGCGUGGGGUCGGACGUGGACACGGAGCCGGAGGUGGACCCCUCCCCCGCCCACGGCCUGCAGCACAUGUGGAUGCGCGGCCUCAAGUCCGAGCAGAGCUCCUGCCUCACCAGCCGCGCCAACUCCGCCCUGUCGCUCACCGACACCGAGCACGACCGGAAGUCCGAGCCGGACAACGAGCUGCCCAGCAGUCCAGGCGGCCAGUUCACCUUUCGCCCGCUGCCGCCGCCGCCGCCGCCGCCCCACGCCUGCACGUGCGCCCGCCCGGCCCCCUACACCCAAGUCAGCCUGCAGAGGAAGACCAUGCCGCCGCGGUGCCAGGCCAGCCAGGGGGGGCAGGGGGCGGACGCCGGCUCGGGGGCCGACCCGGCGCAGCUCCACAACAGCUGGGUGCUGAACAGCAACAUCCCCCUGGAGACCAGACACUUCCUGUUCAAGCAGGGGUCCGGCUCCUCGGCGCUCCUGUCCGGGGCGGGGCAGGGAUACCCCCUGACCUCGGGGACGGUGUACUCCCCUCCGCCCCGGCCUCUGCCGCGCAGCAGCGUGACCAGACCACUGUUUACCUUCAACAAGCCGCACCGCUGCUGCAACUGGAAGUGCACGGCCCUGUCGGCGUCCCUCCUCACCCUCACGCUGGCCCUCCUGCUCACAUACGUGAUCGCGGUCCACCUGUUAGGUCUGACCUGGCAUCUGCGGCACGGCGAGAGCCAGCUGUACGAGAACGGCCUGAGCUCGGCGGACCAUCAGCAGGAGGACCGCGGCAAAGCCAGACCCACGAGCUCCAUCCACCUGCUGGACACGCUCAACCCCGACAGCACACACGCCGGCGACAGAGAGAAGUGGGUGAGGGGCCGGGCCAUCGACCGCGGCGAGGUGGACAUUGGCAGUCAGCAGAGCCAGGCCAUCCCGCCGGGACUCUUCUGGAGGUUUCAUAUGACUGUGCACCAUCCAACCUACAUCAAGUUCAAUCUCUCGCUCUCUCACAACGCGCUGCUGGGGGUCUACGGACGCAGGAACAUACCGCCCACACACACUCAGUUCGACUUUGUGAAGCUGCUGGACGGGAAGGCCCUGCCCAGGUCCUUGACUGAUCCCAUCCUGACUGCCAAAGCUCCCAAAGGCCUGCUGUUGAGCGGCCUCCAAGAAACGGGCUUCAUCGAGUACAUGGACCCUGGCACAUGGCACCUGGCGCUCUACAACGACGGACGCAACCUGGAGCAAGUGUUGCUCCACAGCACCACUAUAGAGUCAAUGGAUGGCUGUUCCACAGACUGUAAUGGAAACGGGGAGUGUGUGGCCGGACACUGCCACUGCUUCGCUGGAUUCCUGGGUCCAGACUGUGCCAAAGAUUCGUGCCCUGUGUUGUGCAGCGGUAAUGGGGUGUAUGAGAAAGGACGGUGUGUGUGCCUGGCGGGCUGGAAGGGGGCAGAGUGUAAUGUGGAGGAAGGUCAGUGUAUCGAUCCCACCUGCUCCAACCACGGCUCCUGCAUCCAGGGCAUCUGCAUCUGCAGUCCGGCCUACAAGGGAGUCAACUGUGAACAAGUGGACUGCGUGGACCCCCAGUGCGGCGGGCACGGCGUGUGCGUGCGCGGGGAGUGCGUGUGCUCGGCGGGCUGGGCGGGGGUGAGCUGCGACGACCCGCUGCCAGCCUGUCAGGAGCAGUGCUCGGGACAUGGCACCUAUCUCCCGGAGUCAGACACCUGCGCCUGCCAGCCCAACUGGACGGGGCCGGACUGCUACACCGAGCUGUGCCCGGUGCCAUGUGGCGCUCAUGGUGUUUGCUCGGAGGGCCAGUGCCAGUGCGAGGAGGGUUGGAUCGGCGCUGCGUGCGACCAGAGAGCGUGCCACCCUCGCUGCGAAGAACACGGCCAGUGCCACGACGGGACCUGCAUCUGCCAGCCCGGCUGGGAGGGGGAGCACUGUAACAUCGUUACUCAUGAUUUGGACGUCGUAGUGAAAGACGGCUGCCCGGGGUUGUGCAGCGGGCACGGGCGCUGUACCCUGGAGCAGAGCGGCUGGCGCUGCGUCUGCCAGGCGGGAUGGAGUGGGCCCGGAUGCAGCGUUGUCAUGGAAACUGACUGCAGUGAUGGAACAGACAACGACGGAGACGGCCUGAUGGACUGCGUGGAUCCCGACUGCUGCGAGCAGCUGAGCUGCGGCUCCGACCCGCUGUGUCACGGCUCGGCCGACCCGCUGGCCCUGCUGCAGCAGAGCCCGCUGCCCCCCGCCGCGCCCCCUUCACUCAGCGGCGCGCACACCCACAGCUUCUACCGCCGCAUACGCUUCCUCCUCGGCAAGACGGCCACACACACCCUCCCCGGAGACGUGCCCUUUGAUACCAGCCGGGCCGCCGUGAUCCGAGGCAGCGUGGCGCUGCAGGACGGCUCUCCGCUGGUUGGAGUUAACAUCACCUUCCCGCAGCACCCGGAGUACGGCUACACCAUCAGCAGGCAGGACGGGAGUUUCGACCUGGUGACCUUGGGCGCCAUGUCCGUCACGCUGCUGUUCCAGAGGCCUCCCUUCGUCCAACAGACACGCACCGUGUGGACCCCCAACAACAACUUCCUGGUUCUGGAUCAGGUGAUCAUGUCCAGGGAGGAAGCGCAGGCCCCGAAAUGUGACGUCCGGAACGUCCUGAGUCCGUACCCGCUGGUGCUGCCCUACCCGCUGCCCAGAUACACAGGAGCCUGUGCGGAGAAGGGCGCCGCCGUGCCGGAGCUGCAGGCGGUGCAGGAGGAGGUUUCCAUCCCGGGAGCCUUCGUCAAGCUCAACUACCUGAGCACCCGAGCCGCCGGCUACCUGUCCCUGCUGCGGAUCCUGCUCACGCCCCCGUCCCCGUCGUCCCCCGUCUCCCCGCUGGGCGGCCUGUCCAAAGUGCACGUGCGCGCGUCCGUCCAGGGGCGGCUGUACCAGCGCUGGUACCCCGCCGGGCCCGGCCUGGUCCACAGGCUGGUCUGGAACAAGACGGAUGUGUACGGCCAGGAGGUCUGGGGCCUCACUUACGCAACCGUGUCGGUGGGCUACGAGUACGAGUCGUGUCCGGGCGUGGUGCAGUGGGAGCGCAGGACCGCCCUCAUGCAGGGGUUUGAACUGGUGCCCUCCAACCUGGGGGGGUGGUCUCUGGACAAACACCACGCCCUCAACAUACACAGCGGAAUCCUUCACAAAGGGAACGGCGAGAACGUCUUCCUCUCCCAGCAGCCUCCCGUCAUCGGCACCGUCAUGGGCAACGGUUUCUACCGGAGCGUCCCCUGCGGCCCGAGCUGCAGCGGCGCCGCCCGGGACAUGAUGCUCUUCGCCCCCGUGGCCCUGGCCAGCGGCCCCGACGGCUCGCUCUACGUGGGCGACUUCAACUUCAUCCGGCGGGUCCACCCGGACGGGUACACCCGGACCGUCCUGGAGCUGAAGAACCGGGACACCAGACACAGCACCAGCCCGGCCCAUAAGUACUACCUGGCCAUGGACCCGAUGGGCGAGGUGCUGUACGUGUCCGACACCAGCAGCCGCAGAGUCUACCGGGUGAGGAACCUCGGGCAGCCCAAAGAUCCCUCCCGCAACCUGGAGGUGGUGGCCGGCACGGGGGAGCAGUGUCUGCCGUUCGACCAGAGCCACUGCGGAGAGGGCAGGAAGGCCACGGAGGCCGCUCUCAGCAACCCUCGAGGUAUUGCCGUGGAUAAAAGAGGCGUCGUCUACUUCGUUGAUGGCACCACCAUUCAGAAGAUUAAUGAGCGGGGCUUGCUCUCCACCGUGAUUGGCUCCAACGGACUGAUGUCGACGCAGCCGCUGAGCUGCGACGCGCGCAUGGACAUCAGCCAGGUGCGGCUGGAGUGGCCGACUGACCUGGCAGUGAACCCGCUGGACAACUCCCUCUACAUCCUGGACAACAACAUCGUCCUGCAGGUGUCAGAGAGCCUUCAGGUGCGCAUCGUGGCCGGACGUCCGAUCCACUGCCAGGUGCCGGGGAUCGACCACCACCUGGUGAGCCGGGCGGCGGUGCGCGCCACGCUGGAGGCCGCCAAGGCCAUCGCCCUGUCCCACCUGGGAACGCUGUUCAUCGCCGAGACGGACGAGCGGAGAAUCAACCGCAUCCAGCAGGUGUCGACCAACGGCGAGAUCUCGGUCAUCUCCGGCGCUCCCACGGACUGCGACUGCAAGAUAGACCCCAACUGUGACUGCUUCUCCGGAGAUGGAGGUUACGCUCGCGACGCACGUCUCAAAGCCCCCUCCUCCCUGGCUGUCGCCCCCAACGGCACGCUGUAUAUUGCUGAUCUGGGCAACAUCCGGAUCAGGGCCGUCAGCCCCAACCAGCCGCAGCCCAACCCCACCGGCCUGGUGGAGAUCAGCUCCCCCCUGGACCAGGAGCUCUAUCUCUUCAGCCAGAACGGAUCUCACAUGUACACCAAGCACCUGAUCACCGGCCACUACCUGUACAACUUCUCCUACGGCGCCGACGGCCAGCUGUCCGGCCUCACCAGCCGCGACGGCCGGGGCCUGCAGGUGCGGCGGGACGCCCGCGGCGUGCCCCUCUGGCUGGCGCUGCCCGGAGGACAGGUGUACUGGCUGUCGCUUAGCAACAGCGGCACGCUGAGGAAGGUGUCGGCCCAAGGCCACGACAUCGCCCACAUCUCUUACCAUGGCAACACGGGCCUGCUCUCCACCAAGAGCGACGAGAACAGUUGGACCACAGUUUAUGAGUACAACAGCGAGGGUCGAGUGACCAACAUCACUCUGCCCACGGGGGAAGUGAGCGGUUUCCACGGCAACCUGGAGCGCUGGUCCCGCGUGGAGGUCGAGGCGUCCAACCGCGAGAACUUCGUGACGAGCACCAACCUGUCCGCCAGCGACACCAUCUACACGUUCCGGCAGGACCACGCUCAGAGUUCAUACCGAGUGAGCGCCGACGGCUCGUUCCUGGUGACGCUGGCGAGCGGGAUGGAGCUGUCGCUGAGCACCGAGCCCCUGCUGCCGGGGGCGCCCGGCGGCGGCGUCAGCCCCACGGCCAGCCGCUGCAACAUCAGCCUGCCGGGGGACCACGCCCCCAGCCUGAUCGAGUGGAGGCAGAGGAAGGAGCAGAGCAAGACCAACUACAGCACUUAUGAGCGCAGGCUGAGGGCGCACAACAGGAACCUGCUGUCCAUCGACUUCGACCAGAGCACCCGGGUGGGGAAGAUAUACGACGACCACAGGAAGUUCACCCUCCACAUCCAGUACGACCCACUGGGCCGGCCCGUGGUCUGGUCUCCCAGCAGCAAGUACACCGAGGUCAACAUCAGCUACUCGGCCGGAGGGCUGCUGGCCGCCAUCCACCGCGGGGAGUGGUCCGAGCGGCUGGACUACGAGAACGAGCGGGUGGUGUCCAGGGCCUGGGUCAACGGGAAGAUCUGGAGCUACACGUACGCCGACAGAUCCAUCAUGCUGCUGCUGCACAGCCAGCGGCGUUACGUCUUCGACUACGACCAGACGGACCGCCUGGUCGCCGUGACGAUGCCCAGCAUGGUGAAGCACACGCUGCAGUCGCUGCUGUCCAUCGGCUACUACAGGAACAUCUACGUCCCGCCGGACAGCCAGGCCUCCUUCAUGCAGGACUACACCCUGGACGGGCGGCUCAUGAGGACCCAAUACCUGGGGACGGGACGCAGCGUCAUCUACAGGUAUACGUCAGCAGCGCGGCUCUCGGAAGUGGUUUACGACUCCACCCUGGUGACCUUCACUUAUGACGAAGCCUCUGGCACUGUCAAGACCAUUCAUCUCACCCACAACGGCUUCAUAAGCUCCAUACGAUACAGGCAGACAGGUCCGCUGACGAGUCGGCAGAUCUUCCGCUUCAGCGAGGAGGGUCUGGUCAACGCCAGAUUCGACUACAGCUACAACAACUUCAGAGUCACCAGCAUGCAGGCCGUCAUCAACGAGACGCCGCUGCCCAUCGACCUGUAUCGCUACGUCGACGUCUCGGGACGGGUGGAGCAGUUUGGAAAGUUCAGCGUCAUCUUUUAUGAUCUCAACCAGGUGAUCACCACCCACCUGAUGAAGCACACCAAGGUCUUCAACUCCUACGGCCAGGUGGUGGAGGUCCAGUACGAGAUCCUCAAGUCCAUCGCCUACUGGAUGACCAUCCAGUACGACGCGGCGGGCCGCACCACCACCUGCGACAUCCGGGUGGGCGUGGACAGCAACGUGACGCGCUACACCUACGAGUACGACGCCGACAGCCAGCUGCAGAGCGCCUCGGUCAACGAGCGGCCUCAGUGGCGCUACAGCUACGACCUGAACGGCAACAUCAACCUGCUGAGCCACGGGACCAGCGCCAGGCUGACGCCACUGCGCUACGACCAGCGGGACCGCAUCACCCACCUCGGCGAGCUGCAGUACAGCAUGGACGAGGACGGCUUCCUCCGCCAGCGGGCCAACGACCUGUUCGAUUACAACUCCAACGGCCUGCUGACCCGCGUCUUUAACCGCGUGACCGAGCGCUCGGUGUGGUACCGCUACGACGGGCUGGGGCGCCGCGUGGCCACCAAGAGCAGCCAGGGCGCCCAGCUGCAGUUCUUCUACGCCGACCUGUCCAACCCCACCAGGGUCAGCCACUUGUACAACCACAGCAGCAAUCUGAUCACGUCGCUGUACUACGACCUCCAGGGCCACCUCAUCGCCAUGGAGCUGAGCAGCGGCGAGGAGUACUACGUGGCCUGCGACAGCGUGGGGAGCCCCAGGGCCGUUUUCUCGAACAAGGGCCGGCUCGUCAAAGAGAUCCUGUACACGCCCUACGGAGAGGUCUACCAGGACACCAACCCCGACUUCCAGCUGGUCAUCGGCUUCCACGGCGGCCUGUACGACCCGCUGACGCGGCUGGUCCACCUGGGGAGGCGGGACUACGACACGCUGGCCGGCCGCUGGACGUCGCCCAACCACGAGCUGUGGGGGGAGCUGAGCAAGGAGCCCCAGCCCUUCAACCUGUACGCCUUCAAGAAUAACUGCCCCGUCGGGAGAGUGGAGGAGGUGACACAGUUUACGACAGACAUCGGCAGCUGGCUGCAGCUAUUUGGCUUCCAGCUUCAUAAUGUCGUCCCCGGAUUCCCGAAACCCGAAGUGGGCAGAAUGGAGCAAACAUACGAACUAAUGAAGACUCAGACCAAGACGCAGGACUGGGACUCCAGCAAGAUCAAUGACCGUCUUUGGGAUAUACAGGUGGCGUUGGGGAUCCAGUGCGAGCUGCGCCGGCAGCUCCGGAGCUUCAUCUCGCUGGAGCGGCUGCCGCUGGUGUCCGAGCCGGUGGGCUCGGCGUGCCACCGGCCCUCCCGCCCGCCCCCCUUCGGAUCCAGGCCCUCCAUCCUGGGCCCCAGCAUCCGGUUCGCCGUGUCCCACGGCCGGGUGAGCGCCGAGGUCAUCGGCGUGGCGAGCGAGGACAGCCGCCGCGUGGCGGCCAUCCUGAACGGCGCCGUCCACCUGAGCGGGCUGAGCUUCACCGUGCACGGCUGCGACACCCACCACUUCCUGCAGUCCCGGCCCAUCGAGGAGGACCUGGCCCUGGGCCUGGGCGUCGGGGGCCGCGUCCUGGAGAGCGGCGUCAACGUCAGCGUGUCCCAGAUGAGCGCCACCGUCAACGGGAGGACUCGACGAUUCGCCGACAUCACCCUGCAGCAGGGGGCGCUGUGCCUGUGCGUGCGCUACGGCGGCAGCGAGGAGGAGGAGCGGGCGCGGGUGCGGGAGGAGGCCAGGAAGCGGGCGGUGGACGGGGCGUGGGAGAAGGAGAAGAGGCGGGUGGAUUCGGGGGAGGCGGGGAGCCGCGCCUGGAGCGAGGCGGAGAAGCAGCAGCUGCUGUCCGGCGGACGCGUGCAGGGAUACGACGGCUACUACUCCCUGCCUAUAGAGCAGCAGCCGGAGCUGUCCGACUGCGCCUCCAACAUCCACUUCAUGACACUGAGCGAGGUGGGGGGCAGGUAACAGAGACACGAGCAGCCCCCCGCCCCACCAAAGACUGCCUGUUUCUACUCUACUCUGAUUUGUUCUACUGUUUCUAUACCGUACCGAGAAAAAAGAAGAAGACGACGGCAAAGCAGAACGAGAAGAGAGAUCGGGGGAGGAGAAAAAAAAAAGAAACUUCCAAAUGCCUUUAAUUGUGACAAAAUGAUGGUAUUUUAUUAUUAUCGUCCAGUUUCUCCGAUUUCUAACAGUGGCACAAGCAGUGUGGUUUGGCUGUGGCUUCGCUUUUUUGUAUCCCGACCGACCGACUCACCAACGAACCGACCGUCCGUCCGUCCGUCCGUCCAUCUUGCUGUUUCAACGCCGUCCGCCAUUCGGGACUCUGUUCGAUAUCACUGAACUCUCGCGACGAGGACUGUAGGAUUGCCAGCGAAUGAUCCGCCUCAUGACUCCAAACCAAGAGCGCUCCGGUUGCCAUUUGAGUUCCUACAUGGUUUACCUCGGAUAUACUAUCGUUUACAUAUUGUGUAAGAGAGGCCUUGUCGACUCUGACACUCCCCUUUAGAGAAGGAGCCCCCCCCCCUCCCAGCGGGGGGCCUCCUGCCUCUGGUGUGCUCCAACAGUAGUUUGUAUGAGUGUGUAUACUAAAAAUCAAGAAUGUACAUAGCCAGUGCUUUCACACUGAAAAAAAGUGCUCAACUGGAAAAUUCUGUUGUUCAUAAGUGUCAGUAUUGUUAAUCAAUAGAAAAACAGUUACAUUUUUUGCAAAGAAUUAUACAUGGCUAUAGUAAAUAUUCUCGCUGAAAAAUCUGACUUUAUUGGGUUACAAUGCUGAUUAAAGUUAUUAUGUGUGAAUUA